AUGAAGGUGAACGGUGACAACGCCUACAAGAUCCCCCACAUGGCGAAAGUGAAGAAGUCGAGACAAGGUAGCCUACCUCGGAAUGUUGUGUGUCCGCGUGAAGUGUACGACAUGGCGCGCGCGUCGCUGGCUGGAGUCGACACGGCUGCUGUGGUUCGUGCGUGUGCGAGCGAACUCGAAAUGGCUGCAUCGUUGAACGAACUGUCCUUUGAGCUGGAAUGCAUCGCGUUGAACAGCGAGUCCUCCGACGAUGUCAUGAGUGUGCUGAAUGACAUUGGCAUUGAACCAAUUAGUAUAGAUGAGUAG